CUUCCAUCGUCUAUUGGACUAGAAACUGUUCUCCUAGUGACCUUGACUAAUCGCGCUACUAGUGUUCGGGAGCAUUCUUUUGCGACUCUGCUUCUCAACGGCAUGGCGAAGUGGGGUGAGGGUGACCCGAGAUGGAUUGUUGAAGAACGAGCAGAUGCAAAAAAUGUCAACAAUUGGCACUGGUCUGAUAAAGAUGCGACCAAAUGGUCAGUAAAAACAAUAAAAGAGCUGUUGCUAGGUUCUACUUUUGACAGUGAUUCAUGUUCUGGUAAAAUAACUGAUGUCUCUAAAUGUGAAGGCGAAUCUAACGUUCACGUUCGUAAGGGGAAGUUAAUAUUUCUUUAUGAGUGGCAGAUUGAGAUUGAUUGGGAGGGAAAUAUCAAGGGUUCUGACAACAAGACGAAUUUCAAGGGUAAAGUAGAAAUUUUGAAUAUGAGUGAUGAGUACACGGUGGAUGAACUCGAUACCAAUGUCAGUUGUACUACUUCGUCGUUAAGUGGUGAUUUAAUGAGAACUUUUGUUAAGUCAGCUGGUGUUGAAUGCAUUAAGUCCAAACUAAAAGAAUAUCUUAAACUCCUUAAAGAAGAAUAUGCUCGGGACCUUAUUCUUCCAACCAAAAAUGAUACAAACGGUAAACCCACUAGUGUACCACAGUCUGCUGCAGCACAGAACAAAGUAACUGACAAGGCUGAACGUCCUCCAGCUGAUGCCAAAGAGCCUAAAGAUCUAUCAAACAAAAACCUUUCAAUCACAGAUGAAUUUUUCUGCACACCUGAUGAUCUUUAUAAAGUUUUCACAACUAAAGAGUUGAUUCAAGCCUUUACACGAUCUGAGGCUAUUGUUGAUGCAGUACCCGGUGGGACAUAUUCUGUCUUCAGUGGUAAUAUAUCAGGAGUUUUCGAUGAACUUGUUGCUGGGAAAACAAUUAAGAUGAGGUGGCGUAAACGUGAAUGGCCAGAAAACCAUUACAGUAAUCUAACAUUAGAAAUGAGCGCUUUUGAAGGUGGAACUCGCCUUUCUCUAGCCCAAACUAAUGUUCCUGCCUACGACCUAGACAAUACACGUAAUGGAUGGAGGACCAUUUUUCUUUCUGCACUUAAACAAACAUACGGAUAUGGUGGACGUAUGUUUUAAAAAUUUCAGCUUCUAAAAUAUGCAUUCACUAAAUGAGGAGGAAUCUGCACCAACCUAUACAUAUUAAUCGAUUGUGUAUUUAUGUGGACAGUUCUCGUCAGCAGUUAACAUCCUAAUAAAAGAUUUUGUGAUAUUUGUUGACUUCUCCCUUAAUAGUAUUGAACCCGCGUGUUGCAGUUCUCUGAAUAACUAUAUAUCUAGAAGACAAAAGAGUUAACCAAGGAAAUAUUUACUUUUCAAUUAGAUCUAUGGC